AUGACGAUAGUUUCAAGAUUGUUCCGUUCCGGAUUAUCGAUCCACAAACCACUUCGAAUCUUCCUGAGGCACUGCCACAAGGAAACGGUCAACGUGACGUGGGCCAGGCCCGAGAAGGGCUGGACCAAGUUGAACUACGACGGCUCGUGCAAGUGCGAGACGGGAAAAUCAAGCAUUGGGGGCAUUUUCCGUGACUACAAAGCGGGUUUCUUGCUAGGGCAGUGGCACAAGGAAGCCAUCAACGUGACGUGGGCCAGACCCGAGCACGGGUGGACCAAGUUGAACUACGACGGCUCGUGCAAGUGCAAGACGGGAAAAUCGAGCAUUGGUGGCAUUUUUCGUGACCACAAUGCAGGUUUCUUGCUAGGGUAUGCCGAGUCGAUCGGCCAAAGCAACAGCACGCUGGCUGAGCUGGCGGCCCUCGUGAGGGGCCUCGAGAUCGUGCUGGAAAACGGGUGGAGUGACGUGUGGCUCGAGGGUGACUCCAAGGGCAUUGUCGACAUUAUCACAAGAAAGAAGGGAGUUAUCAGGUGCGCGCAGGUGCGAGCACAUGUGGCGCGCGUGAACUUGAUGGUGCCGGAGAUUAAGAACUGCGUGUUCACUCACACUUUUAGGGAGGGGAAUAGGGCCGCAGAUAAAUUCGCGCAGAUGGGGCACAAGUUGAAGAGGCCGCAGGUUUGGAGGCACGUUCCACCGAACGAGGUUUUACGUAUCGUGAAUGAGGAUGCAGAGGGAAAGACGUUCUUACGGAGAAGAUGA